AUGACAAAUUUUCCCAACGAACUGUUAAAACUCAAGGGACGACAGCCGCUACCGCAGAACUAUCAAAACCAUAUGAACAAUAUGACUGACACAGGUCCUCGAUCAUUCAAAAAGGAAACAUCACAAAAAUCAGAAAACAAUACAGGACCCUUCAUUGUAUUAGGCCUGAUAUUUUUCACAUCCUUAGUGGCAAUAGCCUUUGUGUACUGGAGCUUUCCCAAGCUAAGACCGGAAGACAAGGCAAGGAUAAAACUUCCAAGAGACAUGGAAGAUGCAAAAGGAUUAGGAAGAGCAUUGUCCAAUUACACAGAUGAAUAUUUCACUCAAGUUCUUCUAGGCUUUGUUGUCAUUUACAUUU